AUGAGUUUCGACCCUGUUCGUGCAAUUUUCAAUCAAGUUGAUACCAACCGUGACGGUAACAUUGAUCGAAGUGAAUUCAAUCGAUGGGUUGGCGGUGCUGGCGGAGCCGGUAGCGCAUCAAGCUAUGAAUCAUCCUCAUUCAACAGCUCUGGAUACGGUGCUGGUGCUGGUGCUGGUGCAGGUUUCGCAGCUGGAAACUACGGUAGUUCAUCAAGCUAUGAAGCGUCAUCAUCAUCUUUCGGUAACGGUGGAUUUGAAGCUGGUGCUGCUAGUGCUGGUUUCGGAGUUGGCGGUGGUUAUGGUAAUUCGUCAUCGUACGAAUCAUCAUCCUUCCAAUCGUCAAAUGGUUUCGGAACUGGUGCUGGUGCUGGAGCUGGAGUUGUUGGUGUUGGUGUCGGUGUUGCAGGCGCUGGAUUCGACAGUUCCGCAUCAUCAUACAACUCACAAACUAAUGUUCAGACAUAUGCGACCGAUGCUCAAGGUCUCUUCAAAGAUCCAAACCCACAAAUCAUUCGUCGUCCAGCUGCUGGUGGUGUUCAAACAUAUACACAAAACAUCAAAGUUCGCUUCCUUCAGCCGCCACCAAUCCCACCACCAGGCCCACUCAUCAUCAAAGAAGUGCGCCCACCUCAACCACCUCCACCACCACCUCUUCGCAUUCGUCAACAAGCUCCACCUCUUCCUCAACAACCACCACUCAUUCUUCGUGAACGUCCACCAAAACCACCCGCGGUUUGUGCUUCUCAAACAGUUGUUCGUCGUCUAGCAGCUUUACCUGUUCCACCACGAUCAGUUGUUAUUGAACGUUUACCACCCCUUCCACCUCGUCCUCGUGAUAUCAUCAUCGAGCGAUGGGUUCCAUAUGGAGCUCAAGCCAAACGAAAAACCAUUGUUCAACGUGCCGCUGCUGCUCAACAAUAUGCUCGUCCACGUAACGUUAUUAUUCAAUACGAACCCGUUCAAGUGCGUGUUGUUCGUCAAUUUCAACGACUUGGUGUUACUCAACAAAACCCACAAGCCUAUAUUCAACAAUACGGUGCUCAACUCCUUGAUGCUGCCACACUUCUCCAACAAGCUCGUGCUGCUGGUGUUGUUGAAGAUAUUUCACCUCCAGCUGUUGGUGGUGUUGCUGUCGGAUUUGGUGCUGCAACCUACGGCCAAGAAGCUAGCGGUUUCGGUGCAUCAUCAUCAAGCUUCGAAAGCAAUAGCUUUGGUGCUGGUGGUGCCGGUCUCGCCGUUGGUGGUGCUGGUGGAUCUUCAUCCUAUGAAUCAUCAAGCUUCUCAGCAAGCACUGGCGGGUUCGGUGCCGAAGCCGGACUUGCUGUCGGUGGACUCGAUGGUGCUGGAUUCCAAUCGUCAUCUUCAUCCUAUGAAUCAAGCUCAUUUGGUGGUGGUGCCGCUGCUGGAGGCGUUGGUGGCUUUGACGCUGUCAGUGGACUCGGUGGCGCUGGAUUCCAAUCCUCAUCUUCAUCCUAUGAAUCAAGCUCAUUUGGUGGUGGUGCCGCUGCUGCUGGUGGCUUUGAUGCUAUCGGUACCGCUUUCCGCAACGCUGACGUCAACCAAGAUGGUCGCCUCGAUCGUGCUGAAUUCGCUCGUUUCUUCCAACAAGGUUUAUAA